AAAAAAUCCCCUCAGUGAAAAAAGGUGCAAAGGUAAGUUGCGUUUAUGGAAAUAUGAUCCGUGGCAUACCUGUGAGCCCUAUAUAAGACUGCCGCGCCUCAGCUGCACAGACACAAGAAGAGAGAAGUGGAAUACAUCUGGAGCUCAAGAGAGCUGCGAUCAUACAGACCUCACCAUGCGGUUCAACACGCUCAUCUUGCUGAGUCUGACUUGCGUCUGCCUUGCACUGGCACAAACGACCUAUGACGACUGCUGUUUGAAGUAUGUGAAAGAGUUGGGCAAGAGCACUCAAAGACAUGCAGUGGAUUACAGAGAUCAGAUACCAGAUGGAGGCUGCAACAUCCCUGCUGUUAUCUUCACCAUGAAGAGGGGGCGUAAGUUCUGUGCAGACCCCAAACAGACGUGGGUCAAAGAUCUGAAAAAGAGGAUUGACAAAAGGCGUCAAGAGAAACCCAUGAAGCGACAUCAGCGGCACAGAGGCUGAGGGCGUCUACCUGCUGGCCUAGAGUCUUCCCGCGUUCAUCUGCCAAAUCUUAUCAUUAAGCAACACACGGUUUUAUGGUGUCUCUUACUGGAAUCUAGUCAAUGAGGCUAGCCAAGGAAAUCUUUAAGCAUUACUUUUGCUUUCACUCUGCACUAAGUUAAAGGUCAAAGCUUGGGUAGAAUCGCAGCAGCACUUUGUUGUUGCUUGAGGAUGAACUGCUGCUGUCGACGGGCCACGACUUACACAUAUAAACGCCUUCAGUAGCGUGGCUGCUCCAAUAACACUAUCUUGCCUUUUAAUACAUGAGGUAUUCAAUAAGCUGCUUAAUGAAUGGGGAUCAGUGUAACUGAUAAUAAUAUACAUAUGUACUAUUUAGAGUAUUUCUUGCAUGAGAUGUCCAUCAAUAAUUGUUUAUAUACAAACAUUAAUCGUUAAAUGUAAAUGCAUUUCUGAAAUUCGUCUCGUAUACAAGGAGAAACUGUCUGUCUUUUCACACAUGUGUUGUAUAAGUAUGUCUUCCUAUAUAAGCAUUAUUUCAAUAAAUUUGCUUAUCAUCCCCAA